CGUUCCCAUCUUCCUCUUAAUAUCUCAUCGUCAUGAGCGUCUUAUCUACGCUGAGGUAUCGAACGACCAGUCUUGGGUCGUGGGAACUGCCCAAGGAAGACAGCUGCAUAGCUCCAGAGGAUGUCUGGAGUAACAAAGAUAUGGACCCCAGUCCACCAGAUCAACGUACUUGGACAAGCUGGACGUUUUUCGCCUAUUGGGUGUCGGAUCUCAUCAACCCGGGAACAUGGGCGACCGUGGCCUCGUUCGUCGGUCUGGGACUUACAUGGUGGGAGUCGGCCCUGGCGAUAUUGGUUGGUGGUGUACUAGUGGCUAUUGUGAUCACUGCCAAUGCCGUAGUCGGUGCCAAGCUUCACACCCCCUUCGCCGUUACCUCGCGAGCCGUUUUUGGAUAUUGGGGUAGCAAAUUUGUCGUUUUCUCACGCAUGGUACUGGCUAUCUUCUGGCUGAGCAUCAACUCUUGGGCAGGCGGUGGAUUUGUCGCCCUCAUGAUCGAAUCGAUUUGGCCCCAAUAUGCAAAGAUACACAAUUCAAUCCCGGCCUCGCAGGGUGCGACAACUUUAUCAUUCGUAUCAUUUUUCCUCUACUGGUUGCUACAAUUACCCUUCGCUUUCAUUCAUCCAUCCCGUUUAGCUUGGCUGUUCAACACAAAAGCCAUCGUCGUGCCGAUAGUCGCGCUGGGCACGUUGAUCUGGGCAGUCUCAAAAGCAGGAUCCGGCGCUUCAGCGGCUCUCAAUCAUCCGGCGAACCGAUUACCACCGGGUGCUCCUCGCUUCAAGGCCUUCAUGUACAGCGUGACCGCUUGUCAAGGAACCUGGGCGACGCUCAGUCUGAACAUCGGAGACUUCUCGCGAUACUGCAAGAAACCUUCUGCGGCAUAUAUUCAGCUCAUCGCUGUUCCACUUCUGUUUGCCGGCCUGUCGGUAUUCUCUGGGAUCACGGCAGCCUGCUGCUUCGCCAUCUACGGCGAUAGCUUUUAUCAGUUGUACGAAAUUGUCGGCAAGUGGAACACGAGCGCCGGUGGCAGAACAGCUAUGUUUCUAGCAAGUUUAGCAUGGACCCUAGCCAGCGUGACUACCAACAUUACCGCCAACUCGAUCUCUGCCGCCAAUGAUAUGACCACUUUAGCCCCCAAGUGGAUCAACAUCAAGCGUGGUCAGCUCAUCUCAUUGUCUCUAGGUGUUUGGGCGUUUGCACCAUGGAAAGUACUCCAAUCGGCACAGAACUUUUUGACUUUCAUGUCAUCCUACUCGGUCGUCCUUGCUCCGAUUGCAGUCCUUUUGGCUAUCGACUUUUUCGUGGUGAAAAAGCAAAAAGUCGACAUCUACGAAUUGUAUCGGCCAGAUGGCAUAUAUCACUUCACCGCUGGUUGGAAUUGGCGGUCGUACCUGGCUCUGGCAUGUGCUGUGGGUCCGAACUUGCCUGGUAUGAUCAACGCCAUCAAUCCUGCCAUCUCGAUUGGCAACAUCAAGUACAUCUACAUGGUUAGCAAUAUCUCGGGCGACACGUUCGCCAUUGCUGUAUACCUCAUCCUUUGCCGGAUCUGGCCCCCAUACGAAAGCUUAGUCGAAGUGCCUGUUCACGAUAUCAUCCGAACCGAAGAGUCUGAGCCCUCGGUUGUGGCGAAUACCAUAUCGGAAGAGAAAGAUCAGACUCUCAAAGCAGACUCUCAAAGCGGAGCCCGAAAAUCGCCAGAAGCCUCCUGACUUAGACUCCCGGAAAUAUCCUGGCUAACAGACAUGUGACGGGUUUUACCCCGUGAGACGAGAGACACGGGAAAACCUUAUUGUAUGUGCCUGACGAUUGAGCGUCGUACUCCCUGACGUUCUUUCGGAUGUACGGUACUACUUGUCAACGCCACCUCAGCCCCUCGUCCGUCGCUCCAACUUUGUCAUUGUCAAACUUGCACUUUGCUUAUUGUUUCU